AUGAUGAUGAUGGGUGCAUUGGCGGAUCCAGCGACCCAUCGGCUCUGCAAUCGCGUUCUGCUGCCCGUUCUCUUCUUCUUUGCCAUCGUCGCCAACGCAGCGUGUGAAUGCGGCUUUCGGAUGAACGACACCAGCCAGUACUUCACCCACAUCAUAUACAGCAAUUUCACCCAGUAUUCACCAGGCAAGAAGCUCGCCUCGAAUCCGGAGUUUAGACGUAACUGGGCUAUUCAGAGAUGGAACAUGCCGUCGAUCAACUGGGCCACUCCGCUGCCCGUCCUCAACGAACAGGAGAACGUGUAUCUGGAAAACGGACACAUGGUUCUCCGGCAGGUCGGGUAUCCCAAGGAAGGCAUCCUAGCGGGUCGCAACGUCAGCGUCGCAUCUGUUGCAGGUCAGUCGGGUGAUCUGCUGCACGGGAGCUUCAGGACAGAGGUCAAGAUUGAAGGAGCGGAGGGCGGAAGCGUUGGCGCGUUCUUCUGGUACCAUGACGAUCAAAACGAGAUAGACAUCGAGGUUCUGACGAGGGAGAUCAAAUCCGACCGACUUCUGGUCCACUACACAACCCACCCGGCGAUCGACGAGGACGGGGACGUUAUCAGGAAUGCGACGGCCAUUGUCUCCGUCGAAGGAAACGACCCGGCGAAUUGGUUCCAACGGCAUCGAUUCGACUGGAGCAAAGAGGAGUUGAGAUUCUACCACAACGGUAGCUUGAUGCACGCAAACAAUAUAAGAAUACCGGACGUUGGAGGGCGGGCGCUGCUGAACCUGUGGGCGGACGGGGGCAUCUGGAGCGGAGCGCCGAGCACGACAAACGUCUACAUGAGGGUGAAGUACGUGAUCGUAUACCACAACACCACGGCCAGCGACAGCGGGCAGGAUGUCGAGUUCAACGACCGCUGUGCCAGGGCCGGCGGGCCGUCGAAUGAAACGGUCUGCCUGGACGUCUUCGUGGAGGAUGGGGCGGUCGAUCCUUCGUCCAUCGGCACAGCAUUGGCACCACUGCCGUUCUGGGUGCUGUCUCUGCUCUGGCUGGUGCUGGGGGUUAUCUUCACAAGUCUCUGA